GGAAACAGAAAUGGAAACCAUCAACCAGUGCAAAAGAUGCCUCGUGUAACUGAGAACAUACGAAAAAUAUAAAUAUUUACAAUAUUGAUGAGAGAAAACAGUUUGUCACAAAACAAUAAGGCAGCUCUUCCAGAAGAGGGCGGUGCUGCGUUCGCGGACACUAGUUCCUCCUUCUAUACAGCUCUUGUAAUGUAAAUAUUAUAAAUAUUACUUUAAUGUAGUAGAGUAAUACUCUCUACAUUUACUACAUUAAAGUAAUAUUUAUAAUAUUUACUUUAUAAUAUUAUAAUAUAGUAUUUCUACUGUGCAGUAUUAGUACUUUCGUUUCCUCUUCGUCCUCCAGUCCAACAGGGGUCGCUGCUGGCUAGGAGUCUCUGGUUUCCUGCCGCUGGCUCUCUCUGAUCGUAAAUGACUCGAUGUGCUCAGAGAGGAGAAACAUGUCCGCAGUGCAGCUGCUGCGGGUAUCGGUACAUGCGCGGAUCAGCGCUGCCGCUGAAGACUUUCUGCUGCAGGUGGAGAAAGGAGGAGGAAAGACUCAAGUCCCGGCGCUGAGAGAGAUUCUCACCGAGCGGCUAAGGGCGGCGGCUGAGGAGAUCCUCGCGGGGCUUGAGGAAACCUUGGCAGAGUACGAGGACCGAGUGGAGCAGUCCGAGCGGGAGAUCUGCCGACAGAGGAGGCUGCUCGAUGCCGUGAUGCAGCCCGUAGUCCGGCUGCACAGAGCAGUGUGUCCUGCAGACGUCCAGCAAAUGAUUGUGAUUAAAGAAGAGGUUCCCCCCAAGCAGCAGCAGUGGAGCCCCCUUGUGGACAAGGAGGACGAAGAGCCCCCCCACAUUAAAGAGGAACAGGAGGAACCGUGGACCAAUCAGGAUGGACAGCAGCUUCAAGGGCUGGAGGAGGCUGAUAUCAAGGUCACAUGGACUCCUGUUACUGUGAAGAGUGAAGAAGAUGAAGAAAAAAUUAAAUCGUCAAAGCUUCAUCCGAGUGAGACGAAGGACAACAGAGCGGACUGUGGAGGACCAGAACCAGCCAGGAACUCAGGUCCUGAUGGACGUUUACAACGAGUGUGUCCUGCAGACGUCCAGGAACCUAUGGUGAAUAAAGAAGAGGUUCCCCCCAAGCAGCAGCAGUGGAGCCCCCUUGUGGCCAAGGAGGACCUAGAGCCCCCCCACAUUAAGGAGGAACAGGAGGAACCGUGGACCAAUCAGGAUGGACAGCAGCUUCAAGGGCUGGAGGAGGCUGAUAUCAAGUUCACAUUGACUCCUGUCACUGUGAACAGUGAAGAAGAUGAAAAAAAACUUAGAUUGUCAAACCUUCAUCCGAGUGAGACGAAAGAGAACAGACCGGACUGUGGAGGACCAGAACCAGCCAGGAACUCAGGUCCUGAUGGAUGUUUACAACAAGGUACUGAGGACAAGACUGAAGACUCUUCUGAGACUGAAGACAGUGAGGAUGAUUGGAUGGAGACCCGGGAACCUCAGACUGGUUUAAAUACAAGAAAUAAGAAACAGCCUCUAAGUGAUAUGGGAAGAAAGACAGAAGAAGUAUCAUUUAGUUGCUCUGAGUGUGGUAAAAGAUUUAACUACAGGGGCCAUCUAAAUAGACAUAUGAGGAUUCAUACAGGAGAGACACCGUUUAGUUGCUCUGAGUGUGGUAAAAGAUUUAACUACAGGGGCCAUCUAAAUAGACAUAUGAGGAGUCAUACAGGUGAGAAACCGUUUAGUUGCCCUGUGUGUAGUAAAAGAUGUAUCCAUAGGGGCCAUCUAAAUAGACAUAUGAGGAUUCAUACAGGAGAGAAACCGUUUAGUUGCUCUGAGUGUGGUCAAAGAUUUGUCCGUAGGGACCAUCUAAAUACACACAUGAUGAUUCAUACAGGAGAGAAACCAUGUAGUUGCUCUGAGUGUGGUAAAAGAUUUCGCCAUAAGGGCGAUCUAAAUAGACAUAUUAAGAGUCAUACAGCAGAGAAACAGUUUAGUUGAUCUGAGUGUGGUAAAAGAUUUAAGAUUAAGUCCUAUUGUACUAGACAUGUGAGGAUUCAUAAAGUAGAGAAGUGAUUCAGUUGCAACCUUUGCAGCAAAAGAUUCAUUAGGAUUUAUCAGAAGAUAUUGAUAUCAUACAUACCUAAUAAUAAUAAUAAACUUUGCUGCAUAUUAGUGUACUGUUGACACAAAAGCAAAGAAAAAAAUAUUUUUGUCCAUUUUAAACCAAGGACAGGCAAAGUUAUUAUAGCAAAAAAAAAAUCAAAUUUAAGUUUCCCUUUUUCCUGUGAACCAAGAACAGGCAAAGUACUGAUACUAAAAAUAUAUUAAAUUUCAAGUAUCCAUUUGAAUAUUCUUGUUUUGUAUUCUUGUUAAUAAAAAGGACAGGGAAAGUAUCAGCAAUAAAAACAUCAUUGUAAAUAAUUGUAAUUAAAAAAGACAUUUGUCAGGCAACAGGAUAACAUUACGCUUUUAAACUCGUUAAAAAAAAGUUUAAACCAUUUUUUUGGUAAUGGAUUCUAGAAUCCUGCGCACAGGUAUAUACGUGUAUGUAGCAAGCUAGCUAACAGGCUAUCUUACCGAGGCGAAUCCGCAUCGUUUACGUUACGAUGUCAAACCUCCUCAAAUGCGCGUGUCCGCCGAGCGGACC